AGGGGCCGCGAGCGCGGAGGAAGAGGAAGAGGAAAGGGCCGGGCGGCGGCGGCGGCUGUAGGUUGUUCGGCGGUGGUGGCGGCUCUCUUCCGGGCGGACGAUGGACAGCCAGGGCAGGAAGGUGGUGGUGUGUGACAACGGCACUGGGUUUGUGAAGUGUGGAUAUGCGGGAUCUAACUUUCCAGAACACAUCUUCCCAGCUUUGGUUGGAAGACCUAUUAUCAGAUCAACCACCAAAGUGGGAAACAUUGAAAUCAAGGAUCUUAUGGUUGGUGAUGAGGCAAGUGAAUUACGCUCAAUGUUAGAAGUUAACUACCCUAUGGAAAAUGGCAUAGUACGAAAUUGGGAUGACAUGAAACACCUGUGGGACUAUACAUUUGGACCAGAGAAACUUAACAUAGAUACCAGAAAUUGUAAAAUCUUACUCACAGAACCUCCUAUGAACCCAACCAAAAACAGAGAGAAGAUUGUAGAGGUAAUGUUUGAAACUUAUCAGUUUUCUGGUGUAUAUGUAGCCAUCCAGGCAGUUCUGACUUUGUAUGCUCAAGGUUUAUUGACUGGAGUAGUAGUGGACUCUGGAGAUGGUGUAACUCACAUUUGCCCAGUAUAUGAAGGCUUUUCUCUCCCUCACCUUACCAGGAGACUGGAUAUUGCUGGGAGGGAUAUUACCAGAUAUCUUAUCAAGCUGCUUCUGUUGCGAGGAUACGCUUUCAACCAUUCUGCUGAUUUUGAAACGGUUCGCAUGAUUAAAGAAAAAUUGUGUUAUGUGGGGUAUAAUAUUGAGCAAGAACAGAAACUGGCCUUAGAAACCACAGUAUUAGUUGAAUCUUACACACUCCCAGAUGGCCGCAUUAUCAAAGUUGGGGGAGAGAGAUUUGAAGCACCAGAAGCUUUAUUUCAGCCUCACUUGAUCAAUGUUGAGGGAGUCGGUGUUGCUGAAUUGCUUUUUAACACAAUCCAGGCGGCUGACAUUGAUACCAGAUCUGAAUUCUAUAAGCAUAUUGUACUAUCCGGAGGGUCUACUAUGUAUCCUGGGUUGCCGUCACGGUUGGAACGAGAACUUAAACAGCUUUACUUAGAACGAGUUUUAAAGGGAGAUGUGGAAAAACUUUCUAAAUUUAAGAUCCGCAUUGAAGACCCACCCCGCAGAAAGCACAUGGUGUUCCUGGGUGGUGCAGUUCUAGCAGAUAUCAUGAAAGACAAAGACAACUUCUGGAUGACCCGACAAGAAUACCAGGAAAAGGGUGUCCGUGUGCUGGAGAAACUUGGUGUGACUGUUCGAUAAACUCCACAGCUUGUUCCAUCACACCCCUAAUGCUUUCUUUUCUCCUUUAUUGCCAAUCUUUGAAUUCAUUCGACUCCAGGACGUGGAAGAGGCCUCUCUGUGCCCUUCGACUGGAAAGGUCAGGUUUUAUUCUGGUGUCUUGGGGAAGCUUUGUUAAAUUUUUGUUCAUGUGGGUAAAUCUGACUGUUUAAUUCAACCACUUCCCUACAAACACAAGGAGAGGGCAGAGGGGUCCUGUCUGCUGCUUUGUUUCUUCUAAGUAGGCGUUUAGAGCAUUCCUGUCGGCUUCCUAUUUUCACUUUACUGCUCUAAUGCUGCUAGUUUUAGUCUUUUAGCACACUAGGUGGUAUGCCUUUAUUAGCAUAAGAAAAAAACUUUACCGGAUCUUUUACAUAUUAUUGGGGUGGGGGUGGUAAGGGAUGGGUGGGCGGCUACUGAACCCUUCAUGGCAUUUCCUCUGUCAGUGGCGCUUUCUACAGUUACCGCUACAGCUUUAAGUACCUUAAAGCUUCUAGUAUUAACAUUUUAGGGAAAUGUUAGGCUCAGAAUGGAAGUCUUUUGGGUGGGUUUUUGCGUGGGGAGGUGGUCUUUUGAUUCUGAUUUUUUUUAUUUUUGAGCUUUUCUGCCUGGGGUAUGUAAGAUGAACUUUAUUUACAGUACUUUGAUUUGGCAGGUUUUCUUCUCCUUUUGGUCUGCCUGGAACUGUUUCCAUAUGAUAUAAAAAGCAAGUGUAGUAUUCCAUUACCAUGUAGCUUAGGGAUUUUUUUGUUUUUUAAAAUCAACCAUGUUGGCUGAGACUAGACUCCCUAGAAUCUAUCAAUGGAAAUGUAACAUUAAGAAUGCCUUUGGAUAUUCAAAUUACUGAAACAAAGUGCUUAAGAGCUGGUAUUUUCUAAGUGCUUCUGUUUAUACCAGAAGCAUUAAGGUAACCCAGUGCCAAGUACUAUUCUUGCAAAUUAUUCUUUUAUAUAACUGACCAGAGCUUAUUUAAUAAAAACAAGUAGAUACAUAUAAAUAAUUACUGGCAGUAGGUUAUAAUUGUUGGGGUAAAGAUAACAUUGAAAUAUGGGACUUGUUGCCAGUUGGGUAAUUUUUAUUAUUUUUGUUUGUUUCAACUUGAAACCUGGAAGUGGAAUAAAAUUUGACCAUUUAAAAUGUUGGCAAAAAAAAUCAAGAUUUAAAUUUGUAUUUGUACUGAGAAACUAAUCAUAACUACUAAAUCUCAGCCGUCUUAUCCUUGAAAGAAGAGCUGUUUGUAUUUUGUAGAUGUUAGCACACUUACCUGCCUGUGUCAGAAAAUCAUAUUUAUGAAUCUUGUUGGUAUUGCUUGGUGUCUGAAAAAAUAUCAAAUAGUCCUCAGACUUGAAUUCUUUCUAAAUUUGAAAAAUAAAGUAAUAAAUUGUAUCACGCUAGGUACAAAAUGCAGAUUCUGGAAAAAAAUGUUUUCCUUCAUUUCAAAACAUUCUUUACUAAUAAUGGCUUUGAAAGAAGAAGCUUAUUUUUUUGGGUGACUGAAAUUGGAGAAAUUAUUGGCUUUAGAGUCUCUUUUUUGUGAGAAAACUUAAAAAUCAGUUUAUAUGAAAUAAGCAGCAAAAGAAGAUUAAAUUCUGCCUCUUCUGUUAAUCUUAACUGUUUUUUGACUGUUUUACCUCAAUUUGAACAACUAAAAGAAGUUUGCCUGCAUGCUGGACAUGCUUCAGUGCACGUGAAUAGUCUGAAUAACGUCUAUGAGAUGUCAGGGACGUGGAGAUCAGAGUCCCUUUGGUAUUCUAAAAUGUUCCUAAAUCAUGUUCUUAUAAAUUCCCUCUGCCUUUUGAGUACUGGACGUGUUAAAGGACACAGAUGUAGGACCAGUACCUACUGGCUGUUCAUUUCAGGUAAAUGGAUUGACUCUUGGUCUUUGGUCAUGAUUUUUAAAAUACGAGGCUAGAAAAAACAACAAAGAACGGGGUGGACUCUUAAAUAAAAUAAAGAGCAUUUAUCAUUUGUCCCUUGAAUGUAGAAUUUGGUAAUUCUGCUAGCAAACAUGACAGUUAAAAUGGUAUAUUAAUAUAUAUAGUAUAAUUUAAAAAUUUCAUUGUAUAAUUUUCCUAUUCCAAGGUGAAAUAAUACAUUUAGUAAUUU